GCCAUGUUGUCGGAGUGAAAGGUAAGGGGGAGCGAGAGCGCCGGAGAGAGAAGAUCGGGGGGCUGAAAUCCAUCUUCAUCCAACCGCUCCGCCCGUGUUGGUGGAAUGAGCGUUGCAUGUGUCUUGAAGAGAAAAGCAGUGCUUUGGCAGGACUCUUUCAGCCCCCACCUGAAACAUCACCCUCAAGAACCAGCUAAUCCCAACAUGCCUGUUGUUUUGACAUCUGGAACAGGGUCGCAAGCGCAGCCACAACCAGCUGCAAAUCAGGCUCUUGCAGCUGGGACACACUCCAGCCCUGUCCCAGGAUCCAUAGGAGUUGCAGGCCGUUCCCAAGACGACGCUAUGGUGGACUACUUCUUUCAGAGGCAGCAUGGUGAGCAGCUUGGGGGAGGAGGCAGUGGUGGAGGCGGCUAUAAUAAUAGCAAACAUCGAUGGCCUACUGGGGAUAACAUUCAUGCAGAACAUCAGGUACGUUCUAUGGAUGAACUGAAUCAUGAUUUUCAAGCACUUGCUCUGGAGGGAAGAGCGAUGGGAGAGCAGCUCUUGCCAGGUAAAAAGUUUUGGGAAACAGAUGAAUCCAGCAAAGAUGGACCAAAAGGAAUAUUCCUGGGUGAUCAAUGGCGAGACAGUGCCUGGGGAACAUCAGAUCAUUCAGUUUCCCAGCCAAUCAUGGUGCAGAGAAGACCUGGUCAGAGUUUCCAUGUGAACAGUGAGGUCAAUUCUGUACUGUCCCCACGGUCGGAGAGUGGGGGACUAGGCGUUAGCAUGGUGGAGUAUGUGUUGAGCUCAUCCCCGGGCGAUUCCUGUCUAAGAAAAGGAGGAUUUGGCCCAAGGGAUGCAGACAGUGAUGAAAACGACAAAGGUGACAAGAAGAACAAGGGUGCGUUUGAUGGAGAUAAGCUAGGAGAUUUGAAGGAGGAGGGUGAUGUGAUGGACAAGACCAAUGGUUUGCCAGUGCAGAAUGGGAUUGACACAGACGUCAAAGAUUUUAGCCGUACCCCUGGUAAUUGCCAGAACUCUGCUAAUGAAGUGGAUCUUCUGGGUCCAAACCAGAAUGGUUCUGAGGGCUUAGCCCAGCUGACCAGCACCAAUGGUGCCAAGCCUGUGGAGGAUUUCUCCAACAUGGAGUCCCAGAGUGUCCCCUUGGACCCCAUGGAACAUGUGGGCAUGGAGCCUCUUCAGUUUGAUUAUUCAGGCACGCAGGUACCUGUGGACUCAGCAGCAGCAACUGUGGGACUUUUUGACUACAAUUCUCAACAACAGCUGUUCCAAAGGCCUAGCGCCCUUGCUGUCCAGCAGCUGACAGCUGCCCAGCAGCAGCAGUACGCCCUGGCAGCGGCUCAUCAGCCCCACAUCGCAGGUGUGUUUUCAGCAGGUUUAGCGCCCGCUGCGUUUGUCCCCAAUCCAUACAUCAUCAGCGCUGCUCCCCCGGGGACGGACCCCUACACAGCUGGACUGGCUGCAGCGGCGACACUAGGCCCGGCUGUGGUCCCUCACCAGUAUUAUGGAGUCACUCCUUGGGGAGUCUACCCUGCCAGUCUUUUCCAGCAGCAAGCGGCUGCCGCCGCGGCAGCAACUAAUUCUGCAAAUCAGCAGACUACCCCACAGGCUCAGCAAGGCCAGCAGCAGGUUCUCCGUGGAGGAGCCAGCCAGCGUCCUUUGACCCCAAAUCAGAACCAGCAGGGACAGCAAACAGAUCCACUAGUGGCAGCUGCAGCAGUGAAUUCUGCCCUUGCUUUUGGACAAGGACUGGCUGCAGGCAUGCCAGGUUACCCAGUCUUGGCUCCUGCUGCUUACUAUGACCAAACGGGCGCCCUUGUGGUAAAUGCAGGAGCGAGAAAUGGUCUGGGAGCUCCUGUUCGGCUUGUAGCUCCUGCCCCAGUCAUCAUCAGUUCCUCGGCCGCGCAAGCAGCUGUUGCGGCGGCCGCAGCUUCAGCAAAUGGAGCAGCCGGUGGUCUUGCUGGAACAACAAAUGGACCGUUUCGCCCUUUAGGAACCCAGCAGCCCCAGCCCCAGCCCCAGCAGCAGCCCAGUAACAGCCUGGCAUCCAGCUCUUUCUAUGGCAACAACUCUCUGAGCAGCAAUUCACAGAGCAGCUCCCUCUUCUCCCAGGGCUCUGCCCAGCCUGCCAACACAUCCUUGGGAUUCGGAAGUAGCAGUUCUCUCGGCGCCACCCUGGGAUCAGCCCUCGGAGGGUUUGGAACAGCAGUUGCAAACUCCAACACUGGCAGUGGCUCCCGCCGUGACUCCCUGACUGGCAGCAGUGACCUUUAUAAGAGGACAUCGAGCAGCUUGACCCCCAUUGGACACAGUUUUUAUAACGGCCUUAGCUUUUCCUCCUCUCCUGGACCCGUGGGCAUGCCUCUCCCUAGUCAGGGACCAGGACAUUCACAGACACCACCUCCUUCCCUCUCUUCACAUGGAUCCUCUUCAAGCUUAAACCUGGGAGGCCUCACCAAUGGCAGUGGGAGAUACAUCUCUGCUGCACCAGGCGCUGAAGCCAAGUACCGCAGCGCGAGCAGUGCCUCCAGCCUCUUCAGCCCCAGCAGCACCCUGUUUUCUUCCUCCCGGUUGCGAUACGGAAUGUCUGAUGUCAUGCCCUCUGGCAGGAGCAGGCUUCUGGAGGAUUUCCGAAAUAACCGGUACCCCAAUUUACAACUGCGGGAGAUCGCUGGGCAUAUAAUGGAGUUUUCCCAAGACCAGCAUGGGUCCAGAUUCAUUCAGCUGAAACUGGAACGAGCCACACCAGCUGAACGCCAGCUUGUCUUCAAUGAAAUCCUCCAGGCCGCUUACCAGCUAAUGGUGGAUGUAUUUGGAAAUUACGUCAUUCAGAAGUUCUUUGAAUUUGGCAGCCUUGAACAGAAGCUGGCUUUGGCAGAACGGAUUCGAGGCCAUGUCCUGUCACUGGCCCUGCAGAUGUAUGGCUGCCGUGUUAUCCAGAAAGCUCUUGAAUUUAUUCCCUCAGACCAGCAGAACGAGAUGGUUCGGGAGCUAGACGGCCACGUCCUGAAGUGUGUGAAAGACCAGAAUGGUAAUCAUGUGGUUCAGAAAUGCAUCGAAUGUGUGCAGCCCCAGUCUUUGCAGUUUAUCAUUGAUGCGUUUAAGGGGCAGGUCUUUGCUUUGUCCACACAUCCUUACGGCUGCCGAGUGAUUCAGAGGAUCCUGGAGCACUGUCUCCCUGACCAGACACUCCCUAUCCUAGAGGAGCUUCACCAGCACACAGAGCAGCUUGUACAGGAUCAAUAUGGAAAUUAUGUAAUCCAGCAUGUAUUGGAGCACGGUCGUCCUGAGGAUAAAAGUAAAAUUGUAGCAGAAAUCCGAGGCAAUGUACUUGUAUUGAGUCAGCACAAAUUUGCAAGCAAUGUUGUGGAGAAGUGUGUCACUCAUGCCUCCCGUACGGAGCGUGCUGUGCUUAUCGAUGAGGUAUGCACCAUGAAUGACGGUCCCCACAGUGCCUUAUACACCAUGAUGAAGGACCAGUAUGCCAACUAUGUGGUCCAGAAGAUGAUCGAUGUGGCAGAGCCAGCCCAGCGGAAGAUCGUCAUGCAUAAGAUCCGGCCCCACAUCGCCACUCUCCGCAAGUACACCUACGGCAAGCACAUUUUGGCCAAGCUGGAGAAGUACUACAUGAAGAAUGGCGUUGACUUAGGGCCCAUCUGCGGUCCCCCUAAUGGUAUUAUCUGAGGCAGUCACCCUGUCCCCUCAUUCCCACUGACCUCACUGGCCCACUGGCGAAUCCAACCAGCAACCAGACAUGUUCUAGUAGAGAAGCUGAAAUGGGUAAAUGGUUGCUCCAGGAUUACCCGCUCCUCCAAAAAAAGGAAUCAACUCCACAAGUGGAAAAGCCUUUGUAAAUUUGUUUAAUUUUAUUACGCAUAACAUGUACUAAUUAUUUUUUUUAAUUGACUAAUUGCCCUGUUGUUUUACUGGUGUAUAGGAUACUUGUACAUAGGUAACCAAUGUACAUGGGAGGCCACAUAUUUUGUUCAAUGUUGUAUCUAUAUUACACGUGUGGAAACUUUCAGGGUGGUUGGUUUAACAAAAAAAGUUAAAAAAAAAAAAGAAAAAAAGGUUUUUAACCCAUUUUGCCUUGCCGGCAAGUUUU